CCGCAGCCGCCGGCGUCGCUCUCGCCGGGCGCGGUGCCGCUGUCGGUGACGGCGUCGUUGCAGCUCAACCACAGCCAGGAGGAUUCCAGCCGCUGCUCCGACAACUCCAGCUACGAGGAGCCGCUCUCCCCCAUCUCGGCCAGCUCCUCCGCGUCCCGGCGCCGGCAGGGCGAGCGCGAGCUGGAGCUGCGCGACAUGGAGCUGCCGGACGUGCACGUGCGCGACCUGGCGGGCAUCGGGCACCGCUUCCUGCCCAGCGAGCCCAGCAAGUGGAACGUGGAGGACGUCUACGAGUUCAUCCGCUCGCUGCCGGGCUGCCAGGAGAUCGCGGAGGAGUUCCGGGCGCAGGAGAUCGACGGGCAGGCGCUGCUGCUGCUCAAGGAGGACCACCUGAUGAGCACCAUGAACAUCAAGCUGGGGCCGGCGCUCAAGAUCUACGCCCGCAUCAGCAUGCUCAAGGACUCCUAG